UGCUAACAACUUUCUCUCCGGAGGCUGAACAGAGACCCUCCCAGAGGAAACCGAGAGAAAGUUAGUAUUUUCUGUGCUGUCGGAGUUCUUUUAGCCCCCCAUUUUGAAGUUGGAUCCUGUCAACAUGCCUCCUGGAAAAUCAGCAAUAAGUGUUCACUCUGACAGCAGUGACAUGGACAUUGAUGGAACUGUGGAGGCUGAGAUGAGUAAACUGCAGAGACAGUUCCGCAUCAUGGAAGGAGAUCGGCAGGCAUACAGGCUUCAGUCACAGGAGCUCAUUCGCAAACAGCGCGUGGAGAUGGAGAAGCUGCAGGAGGAGCAGGAGGAGCUGCAGAGGAGUCUGCGAGUGUCCCAGAGCCAAACGCGUAAACAAAGCGACAACCGGGAUGUCCAGCAGCUGCAGACUGUCCUGGCCCAGCGAGACCAGCCGGACGAGCAGCUGGAGAGACAGAGAAUCAGCCAGACGGAGCUGGAGCAAGAGAUCUUAUGUAUCGGGAAGAAACUGGCAGAGCUGAGAAAAGGAGAGGUCAGCGCAUCCAACAGCCAGAAGUCUCUGGCCCGGCAAACCCAGAAGGCCAGUCGUACCCUGGAGAAUAAACUAGACCGGGCUCUCGUUCACUUCAAUGAGCAGCUGGCCAAGAACAGCCAGCUAAGAGAUGAGCUGGAGACCCUGCGCGUGGAGAGGGUCCGCUUCCAGCAGCUGCAUCGUAGGCUAGACAAGGAGCUUCAGGAAAUUCGGCAGGACAUUGGUGAUGUCAUCCGCAUGUCAACAGCAGCUUAUGAUGCCAGAGUGGAAGCCCAGUCAAAGAUGACGAUGAUGAAGGAGAAGGCGGUGAAGGACCUGGCGCUGUAUAACGUUGAGGUGAAGGAGCUGGAGAGGAUCAUUGCCCACGAGCGCCGCCUCAAAGAGUUCAUGGCCACUAAAUGCAAUGAAAGGAGUGGCCAGGAGGACAUGCAGGAUCUCACCCGCAGACAAGAAAUGAAGGAACAGCGGAGGACAGACUCUGGGGAGGAGACAUUGGAGACUCUUGAGGAAGUGUUCCAGAAGAUUCAGAAGGUGACAGGCGAGGACGACUUGGAAAUGCUGGUCAGCAAAUUUAUCCAGGUUGAGGACAAAAACUUUGCUCUCUUUAACUACGUGAAUGAGCAGAACACGCAGGCUGAGGCUUUGAGAGAUCAAAUCAAUCAGACAGAAGAGGAGAUGGAAAGGUUUCGUGUAAAGGGCCUGCAGCAGGAGCAGGAGCACCACGCAGCCCUGAGGGAGGUGCAGGAGCAGCAGAGAGACACUGAGUCUGAGGCCCUGGAGUCCGAGGAAAAGGCCAACGCCAUCAGCAAGAUCCUGGACCAGAUAAAGACAGGAGUUAACAGUGUGUUUAAUAAGAUUGACUGUGACCGUGCGGUGGUGGAGGAUUUGCUGGGCUCUUCCUCCGGGAUCAGAGACAACAACAUUAUGACCUACCUCAGCCAGGUGGAGCAGAGGACCAAUGAGCUGCUCACUGUACAGGCCUUUAUCAACUCCAAGGACCUGGAUAAGGAUUAUGACCCAAAGUUAAUGGCUCAGUUCCUGCUUGGACAGAGCCCAGCACUACAGAAACAAGCUACUGGUGUCCAGCCUCCUUUUACUGGGGAGGACUAUGACACUGAAGAGUCAUUUAUCACAGAUGAGGAUGACCACCCUUUGACCCUUGAAGAGCUUCGCCGGCGCAUCACAAAUGGGGUUCUUCGUAAAGAAGGAGGACUUCAAGCAGGCAAGGGCAGAGAGGCCAAGUUUUCUAAGCUCAGCACACUGCCCAACCCCAGACAGCGCUCUCUAGAGCUCUGAGAGUCCAGCCUGUGUGAAAGAAAUGUGUCUCAUUCAUGAAUAAUGCAGAAAAAUACAGCAAUAUGCAUCUACAUAAACUAUAUACAAAUAUUCUCACCAUAUUCAGUCAUAAGCCCCUUGGCCUGUGCUUCCUUAUCAGAGUGACACUGCAGUGCAGCAGCAGAACUGAAGGGGGCAGCAUAUACCUUAGUUGUGAUUUGUAAUGUUUAGGUGCAGAUCUGCCACUGCAGCUUACCAGACUAUGACUGUCAAUCAAUUUAACGUCUAUACAAUAAAUGGCAAAGCAUCUGACACGGUUGGAAAACCAGUUGACUAAAUCAUCUUUCUGACUUCAGUGUUUU